CAGGUGAUACUCGUUAUAUACCGGAACAGUACUAUCAUAAUGUGACAGAAAUUCAUCUUUCUCCCACUGAAUUGCCACUGCCUACCUACCUUACCUUAGGCACUUACCUAGUAACCGUCUCAAACGUACCAUACUACCAUAUGUUACCAAAUCCUGGUAAACCACACGCCCAACCACGCUGUAAUUGGGGGAACCCCCAACCCCCCACGCAAGUUCGCCGCAGUUGUCUUCUGAUCACUUGCCGCGUCAACACUUGGCAUUUAUUCCCGCUCUGAAACCGAGUUCCUUCCCCUGAGCCCCUGACAUACGCAUAUAAUCGAAAAGCUUGAGGCGUUAUGUUCGAUUCCCGUGAGUUCGAUGUGCUACUCCUUGGGGUGCGGUAUUGCACUUCUUCACUUGCGUUCAGAUCCGGUCCACCCGCAAUCAUAUCAUAUCAUAUACUCCGUAAUAACGGAGAAGGGUUCAAAGAGGCGUUCGGCCCCACUUGCGCCAUAUGUGUCUGUCAAAAUAUAAAAUUAAAAAUUAGUAAGGGAUAUACCUGGGUAGAAAGGAACUUAGGAAGAGACAUGCCACUGAUGGCAGUCACCAGCCCCUCCGACAAACAUAAGUAUCCAGCCCCUCCCACAGCCCCUCCGGCAGCCCCUCCGACAACCGACAUAAUAAGUCUCCCCCCCUCCUCCACUCUCCGCUAUACAAACGGAAGAUCAGUCUCUCGAAAAAGACAUGUCUCAUCCCUUACCUUGGCAUUCGCUAGUACCAGCCCAGGGCUUCCACCUUUUGAUGCGUAUCCGUCCGAUAAGAAAAGCUGCAAUCAAGUGAAGGUAAAAAUUCCCCUCAUUUGAACUUACGAAGGACCCCCUCCCUCCCCCAAAACCCAUGAGAACUCCAAGGUACGUCUUCAUGGAGUAAGUGUAGGGGUCAACGGAUGGCCUUGUACCAAUAUAAAAUUCAAGUCUCCAGAGACUUAAAA